AAAGGUCCAGGCAGCUCGUUCCAAUCCAUCCACGCACAAUUCGUCUUCAAGACAAAUCCCGUCCCGUUGCGCCCAUUCCAUUUUCCGCCUCCACCGCGUUCCCUCCCUCCCCCCUCUUUCGAUCUCUCUCCCCAAUCCCCAUACAAAACCCCCAGCCCGCCGAAACGCCAGCCACCUACCACCAACACCAAACCCUAGAGAUCGAAUCGGUGGAGGCGGCCGGAGCAUUCGAAUCGGCUGUGCAGCCAGCGACAGAAGAGGAGCGGUGAAGCAGAUGGAGGAGGCAGUGGGGCUUCUCGUGGAGCGCCUGGUGAAGCCCGCGCUGCCGCAGGGCCUGGAGCGGCGCUACAUGGCGCCCGAGAAGCAGACCGCCGUUGCGCAGCAGAUUCAUACGGCCAUCAUUCUGUACAAUUACUACCACAGGAUGAUGUUUCCAUACCUUGCGUUCGCUGAUGCCAAACUGUUUCUUGUGUGUGCUUCACAUUUUAUUGGAGAAGAUAUCCUCACGCACUACCACAAGCAGCAAAACAAGUCUGGGAAGCAUGUGAGCUCAUCUAUUUUUGAUAGAGCGGCAAUGCAGGCUUGUGAGAUCGCUCAGGGACUCGAUGCGAGCAAAGAUUCUCCAGACAUGGCAUUGUGGCCAAUAUCGAAAGUGGCCGUGCUUCUUCUCGACCCAACAAGAAAAAGAUGUUUGAUGGAGUGUAGUGCUAAUACUGAGGGUAUCUCGUCAACCAUAGAGAAGGAAAUUGAUGCAGAAGCUGGUAAUUCAGCUUUGGCUGGACCAUAUAUGUUUCAGAAACUAGCAUUUUCAGAGGUGGAGCAUAGAACAGGUAUGGAGCGCUCAAACUUCCGUGUUCUCGACGAAAAGUUGGCAUACUCAUUAAGUAAAGAAAGGACAACUACCAAGGUGUUCAUUCUGGAGUAUGUGCAAACCAUGAAAGGCAACCUUGUGGAAAUGUCUCUAGAAGAGUUGAUUAGCAGUAUGACUGGUCCAGUAUGUGUAAAUGCUCCAUUCGCGAAAACAACAUCUGUUGUUGAGUACUAUCAUAUUCUUCCAUAUAAGGAGAUUUUGCUUGAACUCCUGAACAGGGAAUGGCCUUCAGAUGGAAAUGUUGAAGUGCAAGACAUGAAUAGCACGUUUAAGAAAAAACCAACGAAAAAUGUGUCAAUUCCAAAGCAGAGUAAACAAACGAUUGGUGCCAAAAGCAGCCACAAGGUCCAGAAGUCUAGAGCCAGCAGACUUGAGAAAAACAGAAAAAGAAAUUUUGAAGCCUCCAGGGCUACAGAUGCUGUCUAUGCGGAGGGUCCGGAUGGUGAGAGCCCCACAAUACAAAUUGAUUCAACAAAUACAAAAAAAAACAACAGCGGCGGCAACGGGCGGACAAACUAUAGUCCCUCAGGAUGGAGAGAACGCAAAACAAAAACAAUCUAUAUACAUGAAUGUUCCCCAAGAUGUUCCAAUAGAGGCGGCGUCGCUGAGAAUAGCAAUGAUCAGUUUCGUGAUUCCGUGCUAGAGAUUCGGAAAAUACGGGAUUCAAUUCUUCGUAAGGAAUUCAUACUUCAAGAGGGAAGUGCUCAAUGUGAUAUGGACAUUCAGAAACUUAAGACUGAAGAGAAGAUGACAACAGAAGUGUUGUCAAUAAUGGAGAAAUAUAAGGAACCUAGCUCAAAUAUAAUGAAAGUUGCCAAUCUAACUUUCUCUGGCGAUGAUGGCAAAACCAAGAGCACUAACAAGAUGGGAUUGAACUUGAAGGAGGCACUUUCCCAACGCGAUAAAUGCAUGGAGCUUGCUGAGAUCUGCUACGACUGUGGUUGGAUGGCCCCUAGAUACACAGUAGUACCUUCACUAGUAGAUGGAAUGCACGUCGGCGAAGGACGUUUGAAAUGCCCUGAUUUUGAGAUGAGCAUCACUGGCGAUCCUCGUCUGACCCCACAUGAUGCGAGGUGCUCUGCCGCUGCCAAUAUGAUACUGGAGCUUGGCAAGAAGGCGGAGGAAAAAGGACAAAAUGAUAACUGAUGCAAAGUUGCUAGCUGGGAACUAGUAGGCGUUGGGGCCAAUAUUCAUAAAGAGUGAAAUAAAGCCACUUAGCUAUUUAUUGUUUUGAUGCAUGAAAGUUAUAAUGAUUUGUGUUGAAUGAGUUUGUACUGUAUUGCAUUGCGCACGUGUGUGCUAACCAUGUGCUCAAACGAUUUUUUUACCAUUAUUUUAUUGAGUUUUCCUUUUU